AUGAAUUAAAGAGAAAGAAGAAGAAUAUAUUCCUUAUAAAAUAGAGAUCCAAUUAAUAUCUUGAAAUCUCGUAUAGAUGUCUCCAUGGAUAAUUUAUAAAAGAGAAAGACUUUAAAUUCUGAGUUACCUUAAUUAAUAUAGAACAAAAUGCAAAUGGCUAAUUACACAGCUUCUAUGUAAUUAUAACAGAAAACUAAAUAUGAACAAUUAUCUUUAAAGAUUCUAAAGGAACCCUAUAGGGCAUUAAAUAUCAAGUAAAGAAUGAUAACCAAUCAUUUUACGUUAUAGUAAAAAAUUUAAGACACUAUAGCUUAUGAUUGCAUCAAACAUAUUUUAUCAAAUACAGAUAAUACAAUAAUUAAGGGAUAAGUAAUACUUCCUGUUUAAAAUGAAUAAUAAUAUACUAUUCCAGUGUCAAGAUAAGGUAGUAGAGUAGUGAAGUAUGAUCAUUAUGGAUUAGUAUUUGGAGGACAUUCUCAUAGAGAGAAUAUUGAAAUUCAUGCAAUUUCAUUAUUGAAUGGUUAAUGGAAAAGGAAACAAGAAUUUUGUUAAUCAUAAAUAGAAUAAUUGAAAUUAAGAUAGAUUCUAAAUCCAAAUUUGAGAUUAGGUUGUUAUUUUAGUUUAAAUAUUGAUGAAAAUAAAACAAUUUAUGCUUUUGGUGGAGAGAAGAAUACAAAUAGUAGAAGGACAACUAAUAUGGUAACUAAGAUAAGUUUAGAAGAUGAUAGAUUAGAAUGGCAAUAAUAUCAAACUUAAAUUGGUUGUCGUAGAAAUCAUAGUGGAAUUUAUAGUCAUAAUCAUCUUAUUAUUAUUGGUGGACUAGAUGAUAGUGAAUUAAAUACGAAAUUUUAUAAUGAUUUUUAGAUGAUAAAUUUGAUUAAUAUGAAUUGUACUCAAUUUUAUCCAAAGUUUUAUUAGAAAUAAGUUAUUUAAAAUGAUCAUCCUUUUUAAUUAGGAAUAGCCUAUCAUAGUGCAACUUUAGUAGGUAAUCCAUAUUUAAGAAUGAAUUAUGAUUUCUCUUCAAAUACAAAAAAGGAAGAAUAAGUUGAUUAAUUGUUUACAAAAGAAGGCAUUUAUAUUUUUGGAGGGAAGGAUAGUGAAGACAAUCUAUAUAAUGAGUUAUAUCAAUUAAUUAUUGAUACUUAUCCAUCAGUAUUAUAGAUUGUGGAGACUUUAGGUUAGAGACCAUCUGGUAGAAGAUCUCAUAGUAUGAAUUAUGAUGAAAAGAUAAGUGCAUUAUUAUUAUUUGGUGGAACAAAUGAAAUGGAAUGUUUUGGAGAUUUGCAUUUGUUAUUUUUAAAGAAUUAUACUUGGUAGAAAGUAUAAUUACAAGGGUAUUUGGAAUAUCCAUUUAGAUAUGAACAUUGUAGUGUUUAUAAUGAAGAUAAGUUAUUUAUAUUUGGAGGUUUAAGCUAAAAUGGAUUUUUAAUGUAUAAUCCUAUUUAAAUAUAAAUUAAAUUUAAAACUAUUCGUAAACAUAAUUGA